ACACAGCAGUCCCUGCCACGCAACGCGAUAAGACGCUAGUUCAAGAUGGCUGAGUCGGCGUCUCCAUUGCUCUCCGCUGAAGAGCUCGAGGCCUCGAGGGGGCACCUUGAAACCGCCAGUGCGUCUGUUUCCCGGUUGCCGCCGGGGCUGGUGAAGCGGCGGCUUGAGGAGGCGCUCAAGGGGAUCGACAGUGAGGUGCAGUCUCAGCUUUGGGGGCACCUGCGGUCCAACAGCGGGGGUAGUGCUGGUGGUGGUGCUGGUCUUGGUGGUGCAGACCAGGGACGAGUGCGAGCGGUACCGACAAUGACGGCGACGUCGACGUCAGGAUCGGCAGCGGGAGGAGAGGGAAGCUUCACGCCUAGCGAUUCGGCGACGGGAGUGGUCCUCAGCAAGGCCUACCGAGCCCGAGUGACUCCGGAGUCCGCUCUGCACGCCUCGGCGCUGGCCCUGCACUGCCUUCUGGUGACGGAAGGGUUCGUUUGCACCGGGCAGGACGACAAGGCGGGAGCCAUCAAGGGCUUCGCUGCCCCUGUGAGGGACGUCCCUCAAGAGAAGCUCGUGCCCGACCGCUGGGACGCAGACCGAUCAGCGGUUUCCUUCCGUUACCGCCACCCAGACCGCACAGGAAAGGUCUACCUUUUCAAGGCCGUCACAGGGGGGGGUCCGGCGCAGUUCUUCCUCGGGGAGAAGGGCGGGGAGAUACAGUCGGCGGAUGUUGAUCUAGAGCCCCUGGAGCGGUGCGGGCCGAAGUACUUUGAAUCGGAGGGCUUUUUCGAGACGCUCUUCUCCGUUUUCCGCCGGGAAGUCCUGGCGCACAUCGCGCCUCCGGUUGUCGCACCGCCGCCGCAACCGGCGGGGGGCGAAACCGUCGCCGCCCCCGACCGGAAUUUUUCGCCAUCCACGUCUGGGAAAGCCCGGCCGGCGAUACCGAGCACUGCUGCUGAAGACGACGAUCCCCUUAGGGUUGGCCCUCCGAGGUUCGCGGGCCCCCCCGGCGUCGGCCCCACCCCGUUCCUCCCUGGGAGAGGCGGCGAUUUUGGCGGCGAUCUGUUUCCUAGCGGUGUCGGUGGUCCUGCUGGUGGUGAAGGUGGUGGGCUUCCAGGACCGGGGGGGCUGCUUGGCCCCGGGCACCCGAUGUUCGGCGGGGGCGGAGGGGCUGGCUACAUGGAGCCGCGGUUCGACCCAUACGGGCCGCCGAUUCCAGGCCAGCAGCCGUGGGGCCCCGGCGUCCCGGGGAGGGGUGGGGGGGGGAGAGGGGGGCCCGCACAAGGAGGACCUCGUGGACCGCCUGCCGGGCCUGACAACGACCACCUUCGCCCGCCGGGCGGUUCUGGCGACGUGUUCUUCUGAUCAGUCACACACCCCUACUACCCCUGCUGGGAGUACCGGCCGGAGGAGUGGUCUUUUGGUAGCAUACUCGGAGAAACAUCGCGAAGCACGGCAUAGAGAGCUGCUGUAUCUGUCGCGCUCACCCCAGGAAUCAGUCUGUCUAUUGGAUGACGUGAAUUGUUCAGGGUAGAGAAUAUGCACAGCAGUGGCCUUCCGAGGGUUUUUCUGUUGAGUAAACAUGUUGGAUAACGCAUGCAAUCGGGGGGAAGUUGGGUGAGGGUUAGGGAUGGUCUGCGUACCCCCUCCCUGUCCUACAUCCUCGUUAACUUGAUUUCUCGCGAAGGAGCUCGUGUACCGUAUUUGACACAGGACAAAACACCCCCUUGACCGACUUUCGAAGCUCGAUUUCUCAACUGCCGGAGCAGUCACAGCGCCGAAAACGGCGGCGUUGAAACCGUCUCGUCGAGAGCUUGUCGAAAAUGUAUGGUUUCGUUUAUGCAUUCUCUUCGUCGUGGAGUUAUCGAGCUUUGAAAAUCGGUCCAGGGGGUGUAUUAUCUUGUGUCAUAUAUGGUAUGUUAACCAGGAGACGCUCAAACCGACAAAUUGUCGUGCGACAGUAUGCCGACACGCGGCUGGACAACGCUAGCGAUCAUCUGUUGGAAUGUUGGUAAAUGUCCGCCGUAUGAGCCGCGAUGACGCCACCGAUAUGUAACCGAACCGCAUGGUGUCAUCGGUGCUGUGAUGUCGUGUUUGGUUGUGGCAUCUAUCCUAAGCUAUCCUAAGCUAUCCUAAGCUAUCCUAAGGGCCGACACUGUGGAGGUGGUGGGUGGGGGUGCUCUACAAGUAGGUACUCUUCUGAGAGGUUUGUGCAGCAGCUCGGUUGGCUGCGUGUGCUGCCAGUACGACGCCUUAAACGUUGUCAUCUGUUUUGAGCGCGGGGAAGGCGCCGUCAAAUCUGACCGUAUUGUUGUAUUCUUAGGAAACGGAGAUGGGCGGGGGGGUGCUCUUGGCUGUCAGGUGCCCAGAGUGUACAAAUGGAUGGUGUCAAGUAGUUAGAUUUUAUUUUAUAUUUUGCCGUUCAUUCAGUGACUUUUGGUCGCAUGUCACGUUGCCUUGAGAGAAAAUCCCGGUGGCUUGACUGGAUGGGGCAAGAAGUUCUCGUUGGUGGGGUCGCUCAUGGAUGCUCGAAUCUUACCGUUGGACAUCGGGCGUUCAAUCCUUUGGUUGUCUUCUGUGCAUAGAAACAAGCGCGGGUGUCCCGUUCCUUCCGGGUUUAACACACAAGAAGGCGUGGCCUAACAUCGCAUAGUAUCGCACUGGGAACGGAGCUUGCCUCAUGCAACCGUGCUAUAAUAGAACACGAGAACGCAGCCUACAGUCUACACCUCACAGACAGUAUUGCACCUAUCAUCUCUCACUCUCCUAUGUGACCCCUGUUUGCAAGUGUUGAGUCAGAGAGGUAAGGCCGUGGGGUAGGUUACGCUGAGAGCGAUCUUUAGUACAUGGGACAACGACGACGAGAACUGCAACAAGGGGUGGAUGCAUUCCACAUCAAUGAAGGCCUGGGCUUAACGUAGCGCCGGACGUGUUUCUGUCGAUGGUGCGGAUAUCCAUCCGCAUGAAAAGA